AUGCCUCCGGAACGGCAAGGCACCCAAAAGCGCCGGCGCCUCCCGUUCAACCCCCCACGACCGCGAGACACCAUCACCACCGCCGGACCAUCGACCUCGGCAUCCACAUCAACAUCAACCAAAAAAGCUGUCAAAAACACAGCCAACGCAGCUGCGUCCUCGUCAAGGGGCAUGCGCAAGGCCGCCAUUGGGUCUACAACAGCCUCCUCUUCUCGUCAGAGAGUUCCCGCACGACCUAGCGCUCCAGCUUCUGAGUCAGGCUCCGAACCACAGUCUGGAUCUGAAGGCUCGGAUACCGGCAGUCAAGAUCGCGAUAGAUCGCCGUCCGAAGAACCAGAUUACAUUUUAGCGGAGAUCACACAUAAUGAUGAGGCGGAUGAUGUGAUGUCGAGCGAGCCUGCUAUCCCGCCGAAAUUGCUCACUAGGUUAUUACACCAUCACUUCAAGAGCGAGAAGACCAAAAUUGCGAAGGAUGCGAAUGAGGUUGUGGCUAAGUAUGUGGAUGUUUUUGUAAGGGAGGCGUUGGCUAGAGCAGCUUAUGAGAGGGCUGAGGGGUUGGCUGAUCGUCCUGGGGAAAUAUCGAUUGGAGAUGGGUUUUUAGAGGUCGAGGAUCUUGAGAAGAUGGCUCCGCAGCUUGUGUUGGACUUCUAG